CCGUCCACGAUCAUUUCCUUGCAUAACAUAAACCACAAGCCAAGUGAUAUUGUGCCUGAUAAAAUAAUUGAAACUCGAUUGGGAAAAAAAUCUCAAUGAAAAGUCUCGAUUGAAACAUGUGAAUUCGAAAACAUCUACCAUCUUAUCUCUUCAAAAGGACAACAUUUAAAUCAAAAGUUGGUCAAGACUUAGGUUUCUUUCAUUCAAAAUGUAAAACUUCCAUCUACACGAUGUCGUGAGCCUAAUAAUCAUGAUGAGUUGGUGACAGUCCACUCUCCCUGAUUUGUUCCUAUCCGGUGUAAAACGGCAUAUCCCGUGUAGUGGCUGAUCAAGUGUUAAUAGACCUGCUAAGUAGAAGUAACAUGAUCACAAUGGUGUGUGAUUGUGUCUGUGUAUCUUUUUUUUCGAUUCAGUCGACCAAGGAGUAAAAGUGGCUCGGAACAGCGUGCACUGCCGCUCUUUCCAAGGAGUUCUGCAGGGUACCAAACUGUUUAUCACUCGCCUGGCGAGUCCAUAUCCAUUGGCAAAUACGGUAACGUACGGAUGGACGGACGCACGGACCGAUAGACGGUACUACUGUACAGUGUUGUAGUUUUGCCACUUAGGAGCCUCCUUUCCUCCUUCGUCUUUCCAUGGUGGUUUACUUGAGGAAAAAUGAAAACAGAUCCAGUAGUAUAUCUACAAGCAAGUUUAUGGCUGACUAGCGCCAUAUCCCGGGACCAUAGGAAAAGUGCGCUGAUAACAGAAAAAUAACCAGUUUCGUUACUCUGAAAAAUGAAGAUGGCUUGCCAUAACCACGCUGUAUCUUCUUUGAAAUACCCCACCACUUACUUAAAAGUAUGCCAAUUGGUCCUUUUGUUCGCAUGCUUGGGUCUUAUGCGGCAUUAUAUGCUCAGCUUUGGUGGCAACAGCAUCAGCGGUUACUCAUUCUACGACCGAGAUUUCUUGGGUAAAAUGACAGUGGGCAGCAUGAUCUUGAUCGCGUUGUCCAACCUGCUUGGCAUCUUGGCCGGGAACAGUCAAUUCACCCUGGUGCAUCUUUUGCAGUAUGGUGUGGGCAGUGUGUUAUCGGCAGUGAGUGGUUCACUCGUUCUGCAGGUCUAUUUGGGGGCUUGGACGCAAAAUGAAUCGUCUUCACCCGGAGUGGCUCUUGGGGUCAUGAACUUGACUUUGUCCUUGCUGUUUUCGGUGGAUUGCUUCCUGAUGUUCCGCAUUAACCAAGAAGCUGUGUAAUAUUGCAAUACGUAUAGAAACAAAAUAUAUACAUUCAUUCAGGCAAAUACUGGACAGCAUCUAGCAAAAUAAGUAUACUGGGGAGUAAGGAGGGGACAGGUUUGACAAAGCGUUCCACUUUGGACCAUUCCAAUAUAGUGCACUCUUCUCAUUUUUUUCUUAUUUUUUUGGUUUGUUUUUUCACGGGCUUUUCUAACCGCUACAGGGAAUGUCAUCCCUAGUACUAUUUAAAAUGAAAGAUUAUAAUUCGUCUAUUUAUUACCUUUCAAUCUUUAUAUGAUAUUUGGUCUACCAACGAAAUUGAGUUGGCAGACCGAGCUAGUCCUUGAAUGUAGGGUUGAUCUGGUAUGCUAUCUAAAAAUUUGUCCAAGUCUGACUUGAAAGAUGCAACCGGAUCGACAAGGCCUACGUAUUCCCUACGAACAUUAGAGGGAAGAGAAUUAAACA